GUGAAAUCGUGAUUGAGUGUAAAAAUUACUGUAUCAAUCUGAUAAUAUAGAUUACGUUACUCUGAAGGUGAAGUCGCCCAGUCAUCGGUGAAAUUCCUUCCUCGACACUUGAUGCUGUAACAGAAUGAAUAAACUCGUGACCCGGUCAUGGUUGGUGGUGAGAAGCAUGAAUGUUAUCGGGAGUGCAGAACCGGAGAGCACAGAGAGUGUUAUUAUACAUUUCUGGUGAGUCAGUACACUGCCAUGAGCUAUACUUGUGGAAAUUGUCCUGUCAAAUUGGAGGAUUGUUAUGCCGAGGGGUGCAUCACUGGUGGAGGAAAUACCAGACCUGUGGCUGUUGUUAAUCACAUGGUGCCGGGACCCAGCAUUCAGGUCUGUGAAGAUGAUACAAUUCGUGUUCACGUGAUCAACGGAUUUUCCAGUGAAUCAACAUCGAUUCACUGGCAUGGAUUACAUCAAGUUGGCACUCAGUUAAUGGACGGAACUCCCUACAUCACGCAGUGCCCUAUUCUUCCAGGGAACGAAUUCAUUUACAGAUUUAAGGCCUCACCCGCUGGGACUCAUAUCUGGCACGCCCACGUCGCCUUCCAAGACUCCGAUGGGCUCUACAGCAGUUUGAUCGUGAGAAAGCCCAAUGAUCCCUUGCAGAAGUACUACGAUUUUGAUCUAGCUGAACAUGUGAUGGUCAUCUGGCACUGGUUCGACACUGCAACAGCUUUUCGAUUGAAAACUGCUCUCGAUACGUUUGGCAGUGUUCAUGGGUAUGGACUUACUGUCAAUGGUCGUGGAGCUCACGUCAAAUUUUCAGAAUCUGGGAAAGCACACUGGACUCCUAGGGAGACAUUUCAUGUUGAUGGCGGGAAACGAUACAGGUUCAGGGUCAUUUUUAAUACCGCUAUUUACUGUCCAGUGCAAGUAGCGAUUGAUGAUCAUAAAAUGCUGAUUGUUGGGUCGGAGACUGGAAUUUUUGAUCCAGUAGAAGUCGAUACAAUGAUUCUGAAUGGUGGGGAACGAUACGAUUUUGUUUUAAUAACCGACAAACCCCCCGGUAAUUACUGGAUAAGAUAUAGAGCUCUGGGAGAUUGCCACAAAGACGAUGUGCAUGUCGCCGAGGCUGCAAUCCUCCACUACAACGAAGUCCCACAAGGGGAACCGACAGGGUCGGUUCAGUAUGAGGAUAAUUACAGAUCUGGAGUCCUAUUCAAUCCACUCUCAAUCUCAACGGAAAGCUACGAGAAUAAUUCGUUGAUUCGAGUCGUCGACCUCAAUAAUUCUGCGCCUACUCCCCCCGAGCUAUUCGAUACUCCGAAUCACACGUUUUAUUUCAAAUUCUCUUUCAACACUUACGAAUCUCACUUCGACCCUGGUCCGUACCCUCAGAUCAACGACCUGAGCUUCGAAAAUCCCUCAACACCCUUUCUUUCUCAACGUGAAGACCUCACGCAGUCGAUGUACUGCACUCCCAGAGACCUCAGCAGUCAGCAUUGCCACUCUGGGUACUGCAGGUGUCCCCUGAUCUACCCGAUCGAGCAUAACGCCCUCGUGGAGAUGGUCUUCGUGGACGAGAGCGACAAUCGAGAUCAGGAUCACCCAAUGCAUCUCCAUGGCCACGAUUUUUACGUCGUCGCAAUGGAGAACGUGGGAGACAACGUCUCCUUGGAGGCUGUCAGGCGCCGCAAUGAGCUGGGGGAAAUCCCCAAGAAAUUCAAUAAUUCAGUUCUUAAGGACGGUGUCAGUGUACCAGUCAAGGGUUACGCUGUCAUAAGAUUUUUCGCUUCAAACCCCGGGUACUGGCUGUUCCACUGUCAUCUUGUCAACCACAUGGAGAUGGGAAUGACAUUUGCCAUCAAAGUUGGGGAACAUUCGGAUAUGCCAAGGACUCCUAGGAAUUUCCCAAGAUGUGGGCAUUUUAUUCUCGAAGAAGAUGUUGACGACUCACGUGCGACUGGUGUCAAGUGUUUGUCGAAGCCAUUAUCAUUACUUUUAAUUAUUUUCUUUCUCUAUGAAUUUACUUUGAUAUGAAUUUGUGACCGAAGAGGGGCACUAGGCUAUACGAAUAUGUUUAAUAGAAAAAUCCAGCUCUUUUAUUUUAUUUUAUAUAGAAUUUUUAUGCGCGGAAUCCUCAUUAUUUACCAGAAUAAAAAAAAUGUCUUUGAUUUUAGCCUUCAGCAAUAAAGAAAUUUUAUAGAUAACUCCA